AGUUAGUACUUUAGUUCGAUUUGGAACUCUUUGUCUGCGCCUAGAUCAUCUGUGCGCUGUGCGACACUAGCGCCAUUUUCGCUUGUCAUACGACCGAUGUCUGCCUGGAACCCGUAGCCUAGGAAACGGGUGUAGCUACAAUACAACAACUUUGCCGAGUGAUUUAAAACCGUGUUAUAUAAAAUAUAUUCAAAAAACACCAGUAGACAUUUCACCCUGAUAGUUAAAAUACGUUAAAAGGAUUUUUUUGCUAAGUUAUUUAUACGUUAGAGGUGUCGGAAGCUAUGAUGAUUUUGACAGUUAAAUGUAUGGCUGGCAGGCUUUGAGUGCUGUGGCGACGAGGUGCUAGUGGAGUCGUCGCCGCCCGCCUCGCCUGUCAUGGCGGCGCGGCUCGCUCAGCCUGCGCAGGGAGCGGGCGCGGGCGGCGGCGCGUCGCCGAGCGCCGUGCGAGAGCUCAUCGUCAUACCGGAGAUCUCUAACACCAUCAGCUUACAGCAGGCCAUACAACAGGUGUCAAGCACGGUGGUGGAGGUGAACGGCGACAGCUCCGGUCACUCGAGCCCUACGACCGAGGCCCGGCACACAUACAUCACUGUAGCCAUGCAGGACGAAUGGCAGAACGAGAUCGGCCCGUUGCCCGUCAAGGCUGAGAUACACAGUGACCAAGAAAGCGAGGGCAGUAAUGGGGUCAACUAUCAUGUGCAAUACGUGGAGCCUCAAGAGAUCUACACCCAGGGCCAUGAGACUCAUAUGGAAACCCUUCGCUCCUACCCCGUGUAUGGCGUCGCAACGGUCAACGCGGCCGAGCAGCCGACCGAGUCGUGGAGCGCCGAUGAGUUCUCAUACAGCGUGGUCGCGGGCACGGACGAGGCCACGUCACCCGCGCCCGCUCCCACUACACCGCCGCAGCCGCGCAUGCCGCCCGCCACCGUGCAGUGGCUGCUCGACAACUAUGAGACUGCCGAUGGCGUGUCUCUGCCCCGAUCGACUCUCUACGCGCACUACCUCCGACACUGCUCGGCCCAUCGACUGGACCCAGUGAACGCGGCUUCGUUCGGCAAGCUGAUCCGGUCCGUGUUCGUCGGCCUGCGGACGAGGAGGCUCGGCACGCGAGGCAACUCCAAGUAUCACUACUACGGUAUCAGAUCGCUUGUCCAACGUUUGGACCCAGUGAACGCGACUUCGUUCGGCAAGCUGAUCCGGUCCGUGUUCGUCGGCCUGCGGACGAGGAGGCUCGGCACGCGAGGCAACUCCAAGUAUCACUACUACGGCAUCAGAUCGGUUGUCCAACUACUGGACCCAGUGAACGCGGCUUCGUUCGGCAAGCUGAUCCGGUCCGUGUUCGUCGGUCUGCGGACGAGGAGGCUCGGCACGCGCGGCAACUCCAAGUAUCACUACUACGGUAUCAGAUCGCUUGUCCAACGUUUGGACCCAGUGAACGCGACUUCGUUCGGCAAGCUGAUCCGGUCCGUGUUCGUCGGUCUGCGGACGAGGAGGCUCGACACGCGCGGCAACUCCAAGUAUCACUACUACGGUAUCAGAUCGGUUGUCCAACUACUGGACUCAGUGAACGCGGCUUCGUUCGGCAAGCUGAUCCGGUCCGUGUUCGUCGGUCUGCGGACGAGGAGGCUCGGCACGCGCGGCAACUCCAAGUAUCACUACUACGGUAUCAGAUCGCUUGUCCAACGUUUGGACCCAGUGAACGCGACUUCGUUCGGCAAGCUGAUCCGGUCCGUGUUCGUCGGUCUGCGGACGAGGAGGCUCGGCACGCGCGGCAACUCCAAGUAUCACUACUACGGUAUCAGAUCGCUUGUCCAACGUUUGGACCCAGUGAACGCGACUUCGUUCGGCAAGCUGAUCCGGUCCGUGUUCGUCGGUCUGCGGACGAGGAGGCUCGGCACGCGCGGCAACUCCAAGUAUCACUACUACGGUAUCAGAUCGGUUGUCCAACUACUGGACCCAGUGAACGCGGCUUCGUUCGGCAAGCUGAUCCGGUCCGUGUUCGUCGGUCUGCGGACGAGGAGGCUCGGCACGCGCGGCAACUCCAAGUAUCACUACUACGGUAUCAGGGCGAAAGCCAGCGUUCCCGAUUCGCCGCCGCCCGAUCCUAAUGAUGAGAAGGCCGAUAUUCAAGAUAUGCAGGAGGCGCGGUCGCGCUCGGCCGAGCCGGCGGCGGCGGGCGGCGUGCCGGGGCUGGCGCACCGGCAGUACCUCGGCGCCGUGGUGGCGGGCUCGCCGCCGCAGCUGCCCGCCGCCGCCGCCGACGACCUGCCGCCCGACUCCCUCACCGCGCUACAGGACCACCACCGUGAGCACGGCGUUGAAUUCCUUGAGGCGGUGGCGGCGCUAGACAUAGCUGCCGUGGAGCGCUCGCGCCGCAACUUCUGGCGGAGGCCCCCGCCCGCUCUGUGCCGCCGCGUGCUGUACCGGCUAGCAGCACGAAAGGACGUGGCCGCUUGGUUGCGCCGAGCCGACUUGGAGCUGUACCAGCGGGCCGUGGAGCUGCUACUGCCCGACGUGCUACGCCCCAUACCGCCGCAGCUUACACAGGCAAUCCGCAACUUCGCAAAGAGCCUGGAGUCGGCGCUAGCGGCGGGGUCGGGCUGCGCGCCGGCGGCGGCGAGCCGCGCGCAGGCGUCGGCGGCGGCGGCGCUGGCGGCCGCGCUGCGCCGCUACACCUCGCUCAACCAUCUCGCGCAGGCAGCGCGCGCCGUGCUCGCCAACCAGCACCAGAUACAACAGAUGCUGUCGGACCUGAACCGCGUGGACUUCCGCGUGGUGCGCGAGCAGGCGGCCUGGGCGUGCUCGUGCGGCAGCGCCGCCACCGCGCACCGCCUCGAGGCCGACUUCAAGGCGACACUGGGCCGCGGGGCGACGCUCGAGCAAUGGGCGGCGUGGCUGGAAGGCUGCGUGCGCGGCGCGUUGGCGGCCCACGAGCGUCGGCCGGACUACACGGCUCGAGCGCGACGCUUGUUGCUCGACUGGUCGUUCUACUCGUCGCUGGUCAUACGAGAGCUCACGCUACGAUCGGCGGCGUCGUUCGGCUCGUUCCACCUGAUCCGGCUGCUGUACGACGAGUACGUGUCGUACCUGAUCGAGCGGCGCGUGGCGCAGCACCACCGCGCGCCGCCCAUCGCCGUCAUGCAGCGCGCGCCGGAGGAAGAGGAAGAAGUAGCCGAAGAGGCGCCCCGGGACGAAGAGGAAGAGGGCGAGGGCGACUGGGACUGGGGCGACGACGACGAGGAGGAUGACGACCCGCUGCCCUGCAAGAAGGCCAAGCUGCCGGAGUAA